AUGUCUCUCGGAAUAUUGACAGUGUAUCUCGCUUCUAUCUUCAUGGCGAUCAGUUUUGCUGCCAGUGCGCUGGGUCGUAUUGGUCCGAAAGCCGAUUUGCCCAUCGUGAACGCUGUAGUGGCUCCCGACGGUAUUAGUCGGGAGGCCGUUCUUGCAGGAAGCACAUUUCCUGGACCAACGAUAACAGGAAACAAGGGCGACAAAUUUCUGAUUAACGUCAUGAAUAGGCUUACUAACGAGACGAUGUUGAAGACCACUUCAGUUCAUUGGCACGGAAUACAUCAACACAGUACCAGUUAUGCAGAUGGCACUGCGUUUGUCACUCAGUGCCCUAUUGCUUCAGGUGCCUCGUUCCUGUACAAUUUCACGGUACCAGAUCAGGCCGGCACCUUCUGGUACCACAGCCAUCUGGCGACACAAUACUGCGAUGGGCUAAGGGGUGCUUUCAUUGUAUAUGAUCUGAAUGAUCCUCACAGACAUCUAUACGAUGUUGACAACGAUAGCACCAUUAUCACACUCGCGGAUUGGUACAAUGAAGCCGCUGCAUUCCAACCGUUGAAACCAAUCCCAGAUGCUGCUCUGAUCAAUGGUCUGAUGCCCAACAAUUCCAGUAACACUCCUGCAGCCGUGAUUGUGGUUACUCACGGUUUGCGUUACCGUUUCCGCCUGAUCUCCAUGUCCUGCAGUCCGAAUUUUGUCUUCUCCAUUGAUGGACAUAAUAUGACCGUGAUAGAAGCGGACGGUGAGAAUACUGAGCCCUUGAACGUCGACAGCAUCCAGAUCUAUGCCGCUCAGCGCCAUUCCUUUGUGCUCGAUGAUAACCGACCAAUCGGGAAUUACUGGAUCCGCUCAGUUGCAAGCGCUGGUCGCAAUGGAUCCGCGAUACUCCGUUAUAUAGGUGCCCCCGAUGUCAAUCCUAACACGGUCUCCGAGCCGUCUCUGAAUCCCUUGGUGGAGUCGAAUCUUCAUGCGCUCACGAAUCCAAGAGCGCCCGGUGCGCCCACUAUAGACGGCGCGGAUGUUGUGAUCAAUCUCAACUUCACUGCGAACGCAACAAAUUACUUUGUUAAUGGUGUAGCUUUUGUUCCUCCAAUGGUUCCCGUCCUUCUUCAGAUCCUGAGUGGAUCGUAUUCUGCGCAAAAACUUCUCCCGCCCGGCAGCGUAUAUGCUCUUCCUCGGAACAAGACCGUGCAAAUCACAAUGCCGGGUGGCGUUACCGGCGGUGAUCAUCCACUGCAUCUGCAUGGUCACUCGUUCUCAGUUAUACGCAGUGCCGAUAGUGAUUCUAUCAAUUACGUGAAUCCCGUCCGACGUGAUACAGUUAGGAUCGGCGAGCAAGGUGACAAUGUCACCAUCCGCUUCGAUACAAAUAACCCGGGCCCAUGGUUCCUGCACUGUGAUAUCGACUGGCAUCUCAAGCUCGGCUUUGCCGUAGUCAUGGCUGAGGACACCGGAGAUACUCCAAAUAUCGACGCACCUCCUCGUAAGCAUCCUCCCGCUUGGUCUCGACUCUGUCCGAUCUAUGAUGCAUUACCGACCUCGAAUCACUGA